UGGUACGUUCCUAAACUUUAAAUCCCUCUCAAGCAUGGGCGACUUUGGCAGGUGGCAAACAUGGCACUCCACUACGGUAGUUGGGAGGAUGAGUUGCAGGGACAGUUCUCGCUUUUAUCCGCGACUUCGUUUGAGGUCAAAGAAGAAAGCGAGCAAUGGGAGUACACACAUGGAAGCUCAAACACGGGGAUACUAGACUUGAGUGACGAAGUCUUUAUUCUCAUCCUACGACGGCUGGAUCCCACGUCUCUUUUGAGAGUUGGGAGCACCUGCCGAACCCUGUUUCGAGUUUGUUCCUGCAACUCACUGUGGACAAGACACUUCCAGACCUCAUUUGGAGUCCCGUUUGCCACCGCCACCUGCUCCAUCUCUGCCAAGAGUGUCUUCCGUUUGAUCUUCAUGUGGCGAACUCUCUUCAGAAACCUGCACUGUAACCGGUCUCUUCAGGAGAAGCUCUUUGCAGAGAUCCCAUUCCCACCACACAAGUACUGGGUCCAGUGGCUGGUUCUGGAAGAGAAUGUUCCUCUGCCCUCAGUGAGACUGCCCUGCACUGACAUAGAGAGCUUAUGGGGAAUUGAGAAGGAAGUGUUGGAAGGUAAAGUCCAAGACAAAGAUGAUGAUGAUGAUGCGGGCAGAAUGCUGAAGUUUGAAUGGAAGGAGCUGUAUGCCUUGGCUCUUGAGCAUCAUGGAAGCAUUGCCAAGCUUUUCCAGCAUGUUCUCAACCAACAGAGCAAUGACCACUGUGAGCUGGAGGCCAUGUUCAGUCAGUACAGCCAGUGUCGGUUCCAGUGGCUCUUCACCUAUUGGUUGUUCCGCCAGCCAGCGCCCUUUGACAGGCAGCUCAGGGCCAUCUACCUGCAGUGGCGGAAGCACAACAAGAGGAAGGUGGCGUCCUGGGGAGGCACGUUGUGUGACAUCAGGUACCUGGCCUCAUUGCACCACAUCACCACCGACUACUGGAGGGGCAAGCUGGCCCGUGGUGACGAGACUGUGGGAAUUCAGACUGUGGACAACUAUUUCUCCAUGUGUAAGUCACUGGUGGCCUGGAUUUUAGGGCGUGACUGGGGCAGAUUGAAACGCAAGAAGGUGUAUGAGGACACACUGGAGGGUGUGUACCUGCUGCUGAGGAGGGAGAUGCAGGAGACCCUGGUGGAGCAUGAGAGGUUCUGGCAGGUGGCCAAGGUCCAGAUGACCCGAGUGUGCACCUUGGAGGAGACUGCCGCGAACUACGUCAACUGGAAGAUGAUUGAGACACUGCCCUACUACAAGCUGUACAUGGUGUCAGGCAAUGUGGUGUACCUGGACCACGUGCAGGGCUUCCUCCACAGGAAGAGGCUGGUCCAGGACUGGAUCUUCAUGAAGGAGAACACCUGGGUCAGACAGCUGCUGCCUGGUGACCUCUACCCUCUGCUGGAGUUUGACACCAAGCUCUCCCAAGACAGCCUGCAUGGCGACUCCAUGCCAGCCCAGCUGAGCAGGGUGAUCUGGCUAUACCUCCACUCUGGACAGCCGCUCUACCUGGAGGCAGUGAAAGGCCUGGUGCUGCAAUGUGCUCAGGCCAGUCUGGGCCACUUCUGCAGCCUCUCCCCUGGCCUCUCCAUACAGCCCCAUGUCAGCUAGCUGGCUAACACAGAUUGACCACCAGACCACUGUUUUUAGACGCUCUACGAUGUACAGUACCCCUUUUUAUAUAUUUUCUUUACUGGACCCAGUGUCCACAGUGCUUUUUCUAUCACAUUCAGCUUUUAGCUAGGGCUGGUGAGAUGGAAUUGCUCUUGAUUUUAAAUGACUUUUUAAACUUUUUAAUCUUGAUGUGCAGUAGUUAAUUGAUUUUAUGUACUUUGUAGUAACCUAGAUUGUAGAAACCUUGUUUGCUGUCAUGUAAUUAUGCUACAGCUAACAUUUGGGCCAAACCACUGACAUUUUUUUAAUUGAUCAAUCAUUAUUCUCCUCAAAUGGUGGUAGUGAAUUGAUUCAAAGCCUAACAAUGUUUGGCCAAUUUAACAACAAAGGCUAAACUUGUAACAGUGCUGGGUUGCUGUAUAAUGAAUAAAACAACUCAUUGACAAACUGA